AUUCCCCUCGCCACCAUCGGUCCCUCGGUUGCGCCGCCCGCCGCGCCGCCGUCCGCCGCCAGAGCGGAGCCCCCACCAUUGGACGGUGCCCCGCUUCUCCGGCCGGCUGAGGAAGGUACGCCCGCGCGCUCCAGUCACCAGAUCCGUAGGCUUCAUCGAUGGCUUCGCCGGGGCCUUCCUCCCCCCCGGACAGUCGAUCCACGCGCCGACGAACCCCCGUCGCCUCCAACACCGGCGUGCUGCCCCCGGACGUGCUGUUCGACGUCCUGCUACGGCUCCCGGCCAAGGAGCUCUGCCGCCUCCGCGCCGUCUGCCGCGCCUGGCGCUCCCUCACCGUCGAUCCGCUCUUCACCGGCGCGCACGCGGCGCGCCACCCGCUCUUCCUGGCCAAUUUCCGGGAUGACCAGACGCACAUCUGUGUCGUUGAUCUGUUAGGCAUCGUGGUGAAGCGGAUUCCCAAUGCGGAUGGCCACCUCCUGCUCCACACAAGCCUAGAUCUGGCCUGCGCGACGACAGUAAGGAACAGCUGCCAGGUGCUUGAUCCGGCUACUGGAAAUGUUCACGUCCCGCCGGAGAGCCCAGCGGUGGAGCAUUUGGAUCGAGAGAAUGUACGCAUGCCAUACACCUCUUUCGCAUUUGGGAGGAUUGCCACUACUGGAGAGUACAAGGUGAUAAGGAUUUUCAACCGGCCGACUCUUGCUGGCUUUCAUCAGCCCCAUCUGUUUGAGGUGUUUACAAUCAACAUCAGUGGUUCAAGUUCUGGUUCCAGCCACACGCAGUGGAGGGCGAGGCAGCCUGACCACUUUUUCGACCCGAGCAGUGCCAUCGUAGUUGGUGAGGUGGUCUACUUCAAGGUGGAUAUUGUAUUCGACGUCCUGAUUUGUGGUGAUGUCUACCCUGGCAUUCCUCUUGAUUGCAUCCUUUCGUUUGACCUUGAGAGAGAGGAAUGGAGGGGAAUUCUCAAUGGGCCAAUAAGUGAAAUUUUUGAAACCGACAAGUAUGCUGGUGAUUUGGAUGGCUACCGUGGUCUUUGGACUCAGGUUACUCUAGCUGACCUGAGAGGCUCCUUAGGUCUUGUGCACUAUCGUAAGCACCGGCACAUGAUGGACCUCUGGGUUCGGAAAGACAUUGACGGUGGUCUCUGGGUGAAAGAGUAUAUCAUUCAGAUUGAACCGAUUUUCCCAACUACUGAAUCGUGUGUAAAGUCAUUGUUUAUGUUAGAUGACGGAAGGUUAGUCAUCCAUUUCCCAAAGACCGGACUGCUGUUCAUCUAUGAUCCAAGAACCAACACUUCUGCACAAGUGGAGAUGAGACAUCUUGAUGCGGUUGCGAUGUACACUGGAAAUCUGUUGAGUUUACAAGUUGGUGACAUGGUGUAGUGUUGUAACAUGCUGCUACUUGCUACUCAGUGCUCUGAUCGAAUCUACAUUUUACAUGGAAACCUUGUUAUUGUAAGAUAGUUUUCAUCUGUAGUUCAAUCAUGUUACCAUGAGCAGUUGAGCACUCACUUUUCUACUCUGAAGACCAUUCUUGAAGUUAUAUCCAAAUGCACUGGAUACCUCUGUCUGAACCA